CACGGUGGGGUCGCAGAAAUCCCGGAUCCCCAGUGAGCGGAAGGAAGGCUUAGUGCGUCCCCCAACCUCUGUGGGGGCUGUGUAAUGGUUCAAGAGUCGUACUAAGGCUCUCUGGUGCAGGCUGAAGCUUAAGUUCACCAGAGAGACAAGAAUUAACCCAGGGAGAACGUAUACUUCCUGGGCAUAAAAGUGCCGGGCAUUUUACAUUACAGCAGACAUCGACACCUAUGUAAACAGAGGCACAUGCGAAACUUGUCCGUUCGUCCCCUCUCUCUCUUCCUCGCCUGGUGAGUGGUGAAGACGAAAACAAAAAGAAAGAAAGCGCACCGGACAUCCCGUGCCUGUUAACACUCGACAGACAAAAAAAAUGUCGAUACAGUUUACAUAAGAGCCCGGAUGGUUCGAUCGUUUCCAAGGGGAUCUGUUGCCAUGGAGUCACGUAAUUCGUCCAGUUUGUGAGUGAUGCUGGGUCUGGCAUUGACGCUCGAAACAUGCAGCCAGCUAGGGGGGCGGCAUUGUGGGUCGUACUGUUCUGUCUAUUCUACUCGGUCCUAACUCAGCCGUCGGCGACCAACAACAACAAGUACUCUGCCUUGAACCACAUCGAUGGAUCUGACCAAAUGUGCACACAUGCGCAGUCGCAUUCAAACCAUGAUGGGGAGAUGGACUUCCGGUUGCCGUCUGGCUUCUGUACAAAGUCUUCUGGGGAGCCAAGGGAGAUGAUGUGGACAGGAGAGGAAAAGCGUUAUGAGGAGACACCAAGGUUCAAAGAUAUUUCACGCAAUGAAGACGGCGAGGAAGCUCUGCUGAAUAUUCCAGUGGCUGGAGGCGAAGUCGGAGGACAGAGUUGCAAGAACCCGACUCCAUCUGCCACCUUUGUGACGGCUCUAUACGACAUUGGGAGAGGAGACUGGGCAAUUUUCCCGCGGCCUUAUUCCAUAUAUUUAAACUACUUCAGGGACGUGUUGAAACUAAACAUCAACCUGGUGGUUUUUGUAGAGGAGAGCGACAAGAAGUUUGUUUUGCGAAACCGACGUUCUGCCAACAUGACCAACGCCACUAGAGUGUGGACCAAGCCUUUCGAGGAUCUAGCAUUCCACAAAUACCUUCCUCGAGUCCGUGACGUGGUGGAGUCGGAAGACUUCAGAGCAAACAACGACAACCUCCGGCACCCGGAAGGGUUUUCACCGGAGUACAUUAUCCUCAUGAAUUCUAAAUUCAGCCUCCUCCAGGAAGUUGCCGAAGUCAACCCGUUCUGUAGCUCUCACUUCGUCUGGAUAGACGCGGGAUACGGUCAUGGCAAAAACGUUCUGCCGCAAAACGGGGAAACUUGGGUACCACGUGGUCUGAUUGACGUGCAUGGGAAAAUCACGAUCAUCCAAUUGGAACGGCCGAUUCUCUACGAGCAUUAUGACAGAACUACUUUAUUUAAAAUGGGAGCAAGGCCAGCGUUUAUUGGUGGAUUUUUCGGCGGCGAUUCUGCGUCUGUGAACCUAAUGACAGCUCUGCAUGAAGAGGUUUUUACGUCCUUCUUGGAUGAGCGGCUAGUGCACGAGGACCAAAUGAUGAUGUUAAUGUGUUACCUAAGAAAACCAGAGUAUUUCAAUCCCGUCGAAGGCUGGUGGUACGACGGAUAUAAAUUAUUCCAUUAGAGAAUAGAGAUUUUGUCUUCUGUGAAAACGUCGUGAAAUUGAUGUAUAAUAUUAGAUAAAAAGAUAGAAAUUAAGAAAUGCACAAUAACGUUUCUCAGCGUGAAUUUUCUAUAAACUGACAGGAAUGCGACGUGAUCACGGGUCUAUCUGAUAACAUACAAAUGUUGCUGUAAAGCGUGAUGUCGUCUUACGUUAAUUUCACUUCGAGAUAAGGCAGCUUGGAGAAUUCCUUACGUGGUACGCCAACAAAGCAUCCAUCAUGCUUUAUACGCAUUAUUGAGAUUGCAUUACAUGUAUUAAGUGUGAUGUGCGAGGUACAAAGUAAAAUACCGGAAUCCUUGAUGGAGUCUUAUACAUGGCGACUUACAUGCAAUUCAUGACUUUUAUUGAGGUAUUUACUCCGCGUAUUUCGUCAUUUUCCACGUGUAAUGCAGAUGUACCACUCGUUUGAAUGAUGUAU